AUGUUAGAAUUUAAAAAUAAAAUUAUUUUUUUCCUAAUUUUUGAAAUCCACAUUCUUAUGGCCGAAGCUGUUGACUGCCAAAAGCCACAAGUAGAAUUACUUGAUUUAGAUCGGUACGCUGGAACAUGGUAUACUUAUGAGCGAAGCUGCGGUGACUGUACAAACUUGACUAAAUGCUCACGAGCCAGUUGGAGCAAGCCUGAUCAAAACGGGAACUCAACAGUAAUUAUAAGCGAAUUUUCAGAAAUAAGUUUCAGUCUUUCAGAAGUUACAUCGAAAGCAUACAUCGAAGAUAAUAAAAUAAUCAACGAAAUAUGUGUACCGGCGGUAGGUACAGUUCGAUUAGAAUUUUGGAUCCUUGCUACAGAUUAUGAUACUUAUUCAAUAGUUUAUUCUUGCAAAGUCGAUAGAGACAAACCAUGUGUAAGAAAAUAA